AUGCUGCCCUCGGGGCGGGCCCUGGAGGAGCUGCUGGUCCACAAGGAGGAGGAGUGGCGGGCGUUGCAGGCCCACCGCGCCCAGCUGCAGGGCUCUGCUCUGCAGGACACGCAGCGCCAGCUGGAGGAGGCGCAGGGCCGGCUGCGACGUCUGCAGGAGGACUUCGUCUACAACCUGCAGGUGCUGGAGGAGCGGGACCGCGAGCUGGAGCGCUACGAUGCCGCCUUCAUCCAGGCCCGGCGUGCGGAGGAGGCCCGGCAGGCAGAGGCCAGCGAGCUCAAGAUCGAGGCGGCCAAGCUGAGGCAGGCGCUGGCCCGCGAGGCCCGGCGGGUGGAGGAGCUGCAGGAGCAGCAGCAGCUGAUGACGCGGGAACACCGCCGGGAGCUGGAGCGUGUGCACAGUGACAAAAAUGGUGAAAUGGACCGCCAUCGGGAACAGUAUGAAAAGCUCAAGUGGAAACUGGAGAGGAGACUCCAGGAGUUCGAUGGGGAGCUUGCGUUGCAGAAGCAGGAGCUCCUGCUGGAGUUUGAGUCUGAGAUGCAGAGAAGGGUGCAUGAGUGCCACCUGCAGGCCGACGCCAUGAGCAGUGUGGUCCUGACGCAGGAGCUCAAGAUGAAACUAUUGAAGAAGGAGAUUGAGACCCUGAAGGAAGCGAGCACUGAGGCUGCAGAGUCUCUGCAGAGAACGGAGAUGACCGUCGUGGAGCUGGAACAUGAGGUGGCACGCAGGGACCGUGAGCUGCAGGACCUCACAGCCGUGAAGGAUGCCCGGAUCAGGGACUUGGAGGGCAAGCUCUGCUCUGUGCAGCUGACCCGGGCCAAGGAGGAAGAGACAUUCCAGAGGAAGCAUGAAGAGCUGGACCGUCUGGCCAGGGAGCGUGAGGCGGUGCUGGCCUCAGUGAAGGAGGCCCACACUGAGCAGCUGCGGGCACUGGAGGCCAGGCUGCUGGAGUUACAGGCCCACAGUGAGAGCCUGGAGGUGCGACUGCGCGGGGCCGAGUGGGGACAGGCCGAUGCUGUGAGGGACCAAGAUGCCAUUGCUGCCCGCCUCCGAGAGGAGGUCUCAGGCCUGAAGUCUGCUUGGGAUGCCCAGGUUGCCCAGCUGUCCAAGGAGGCCGUUUCCAAGGACCUGCAGGUCCAUGCUCUGCAGGAGGAGGUGGUGAAGCUCAAGGCCCAGACAGCCCGGCUUCAGCAGGACGUUGGCAGGUACCAGGAGCAGCUGGCGGCGGCAGUGACCAGGGAGCAGAGCCUGGAGCGUGAGAAGGUACAGCUGGUUCUGGACUGGCAGCGCCGCUGUGACGCGGCCGAGCGGGACCAGUACCGCAAGUCAGAGGACCUGAUCCAGGGCCUGGCUGCAGCCCGGGAGCAGGCUACCGCCAAACUCCAGGAGGCAGAGCGGAGGCUGUGUGACAAGGAGGAGGUGCUGAAGGCCUUGGCCCUCGAGAGAGACCAGGCGGUGAAUGCAUUGAGGAUGCAUGGGCUCCUUCCCGAGAAGGAGGCACAGACACUCCGGAGGCAUCACGAAGAAGAAAUAAGUCAAGGUUUUCCAUCAAGUGAGAUCCAGCGGUUGCAAGAGCAGAACAUGAACUUGAGGGAUGCUGUUGCUCACAUGAGGAAAGAAAUGGAGGCUGUCAGUGAUCAGCUUGGAGGAGAGACCUCAGAUGCAAACCAGCCUGAUCCCCAUGCUGUCUCCGACAUUGCCCCUCCCGAUCAUGUUCUGGCCCUUGAAGCAGAAAUACGAAGCCUAAAGCAUAAAUUCAAAACACUGGAGGAACAAUUGGAAGAUGUCUUAGACCCUCCAAAGAUGACCUCUUCACAUGCUGACAUCCAGCCUGGGACCUGUGCUGCUGAUGAAACCGCUGGGGACAGGCCUGUCCCCCGGGGGGGUCCUUGGCAGGCCGAGCUGGCGCCCACUGUGCUGGCCUGCAGCAAGCUCGCGGGCAGGGUCCAUCUGCUGGACUGCCUAGUCUCCAGGCUUCGACAAACGGUGCUACAGAAGCCCCCAGUGAUGGAUGCUGUCCGACUCCAGCUGCCCCGUGAAGUGGACCAGGUGCACAUGGAGGUCUCGGAGCUGGCCUUGCAGGUGGCUGAACUGGAAAGGCAUCUUGGUGCUACCUGGAAGGAAGGAGGGGAUGUGGCGGGCAGGACACAGCCACAAGCCCUGGAGGCCACAGCUCUCAGGAGACAGACACGGGACAGGGACUCAGCAGUAGGCUGCCGCACUCAGCCUCUGACCAAAACAUCAGCAUCACUGGAGCCGGAGCCGUCCACCACGGCUCGGCCAGCUUUGGAGGUGCUGCUUUGGAAGGUGCACCAGCCUGGCCUGCGGCGUGUGCCCGGGCCCCAGCGCCAGCACCAGGAGGGCAUGGCAGCACGCCUGGACACCUGGCAGGACAGGCUGUGCUUGUCCGUCCAGGGCUCCGGGUGGGUGCCCUGCCAGGCAGGCGUGAUGUGGCUUUCCCAGGUGGGGGGCCAGGUGGCCCAAGGCCCUGCAGGUGGUGAGUCCCACAGCACCAAGCCGAGGCCUGCACCGCGAUCCCCAGAGCGCCGACUGCAGCGGAAGCUGAGGGCCGCAGCCUGGAGCAUCAUGCGCCUGCAGCAGCAGAACGAGCAGCUGGUGGAGGCCGGAAACCGGCUCCGUGCAGGGCUGGGCCGUCCCCGGGGUGAGUGGCUGCGGGGCCCGGGAGAGCGAGCAGCCCUUGCAGAGCGGGGUCCCACGGCGACACGUGGGCGCUGGUGGUUCCCGGAGCACCGUACCAGCGCCUCUUCUGCCACCGUUGCUGGUGCUCCGCCCCUUGAGGCUUCCACCCCUGGCUCCCGGAGAGCUCCAAACCGGCCCAGAAUUCCCACUGUGACUUGUACAUCAACCCGUCAGAAAGAAAACAGGUCCCCAAAGCCACCGCUGGCCCAGGAACUCCACGGGGAGAACGGCCCCCACAUCCAGAGGUCAUUGUCAUUGGACAGCAAGUCCCUCCAGGACACAUGGAAGUUACUAGAGCUGGGCUCCAGUCCUUCUGGCCCCACCUCCCAGGGUGACUCAACUCCAGGUAGGAGAAACGGCUUCCCUGGGCUGCUGCAGCUCUGUGGGUGCUGGUGGGAGGCACCUAGUGGCCUCCUUCCCGGGCUUGAGAGGGAGUGCCUGCAUCCUUCCUACUGA